AUUAUAUUCGCAGCAUUAGCUGCGCUGUGCAGCGCUGAGAAGCUCGACCGGACGUACCUUCCGCCAGCGUCUGCCAAAACCGCAGGCGGGUCCGCAGGGUCGCUGCAAGCUCCACUCGUGUCCGGAGAUGAGCUGCCAGCUGGCGGCUUCGUCAAUGAAGCCCAGGGUGUGGUGGUAGACGCAGCCGCAGCCGGCACCAGGGCCUCCUGGCGUGAAGAAACCGGACUUGGAGGAUCAAGAGAGUCCUACGGCUCCACAGCAUCCAAGGUCGGCGAUGCUGCCUUCAGGGAAUCGGCCUUCAGCCAAAUCCCUAACACAUUUGCCAGAAUUGCCCCCAUACCUGAGCAUGAAACGCCAAUCGGCCCGGUAUUUGAAGGUCAGGUCUUCAAAUCCAAGACUUUACUCCCCCAAGCCUCGAAAGACUACAAUUCAAACACAUUGUCGUACCAAAAUAAUGUUGAAUCGCACAAAUACAACUAUGGCUUCCAAACCGACAAUGGCAUUGCCGUUGGAGAGAAUGGAGUGGCUCACGAUGGAAUCCACGCGCAAGGCGGAUACUCCUACAAGGGUAACGACGGGCAGGACUACAAAGUGACGUACACCGCUGACAAGGGAGGGUAUCAGCCCCAGGGAAGCCACUUGCCGACUCCUCCACCGAUCCCUGAUGACAUCAUCAAGUCCAUCGAAGAGAACGCUAAGGAGGAGGCUGCUGGUCAUUAUGAUGAUGGCUCAUACGACUCGCAGAAAUACAAUGCGGAAGGCGAUUACGCUGACAGCGUUAAGCAUGAUGAUAAACUGAGCCUAUUCGAGAAGCGACCUGGAUCUCAAGCGAGUGGGGUGGUCAUCAAUCAGAACAACCAAGCAGGUUCUGCCUUCCCUGGUUUUGGUUCAGUGUCUACGGAUAAGCCUCUAGCGUUCAGCACUUAUAAGCCAGUGUAUGGAUCCAGCCAAUCUGGCCAGAGCCAUGGCUUUGGCUCUUUUGGAUCUUCCAGUUUUGGUCAAAGUGGUCAAGGAGUCCACACGCCUUCGAAGACUCAAUUUGGUCAGUCAAGCUUUGGGUCCCAACAAACUAUAACUCAAUUUGGUUCUCAAUUCGCCCAAGGAUCUAAACCUGGCUUCGGUUUUCAAACUGUUAAGCCACAGUUUGCCCUUAACCAGCCAUCUCAAGACUCAAGUAUUUUGCCAAGCACGGCAUCUUCUUUCACGCAGUUUGGAAGUCAAUCCGGCCAGCAAUCAGUACAAGGUUUGGACAUCCAACAAAACAAGCCUCUCGAAGGUGUUUUCAGCAAGCCUGGCACCAACAAUUUUGGAUCUUUGACUUCGAACUUGGGGCAAACAGGUUCAUCAAAUGUAGCUGAGAAAGAAUACUCGCCAUCGGUUAGCAACGACAGCCCAGCUCAAAGCGUGGAUUAUCAGAAACCACAGAUUGGAAUUGAUUCAACCCCUGCUUUUGUUAGUGGUGUUAAGCCAGUUGGCUUUGUCUCACAGUCUCAAGGCUCCAGUGCCACUGCCUCUGCAUCUGUCACCGGUUCUCAAACUAGUUUAAGCGGUUUAUCUCCUCAAGUUUUAGGAGGACUUCAAGGCCCAUCCAAAUCGCAACAAGGUCAAUAUUCUCCUCAGCCAUCAAUACCCCAAUUUGGAAGUAAACCUGUUGGUCUAUCAGCUAUUCUCAAACCAGCUUCUGCAUAUCCUCAAAACUUCGGAUUAAUUGGUGACAAGAAGCAGCCGCAACCAGCAGGGUUCCUAGUCGGCUCUGAUGAGUCUAGUUCAGGGCAAAAUUCGCAAGGCGAAGAUCACUCAUACCAUUACAAGCAACCAGCGAAGCCGUUCAACAGCCCUUCAUCAGUAUCACAAGGAUCGAGCCUAUCAGCUGGACAAAUAUCGCAAACAAGCAACCAAUUCUCAAGUUUUAACGCACAGUCGUCACAGAAGGAACAAUCAUCAGCAUCCAGCAAACCUUUCGGAUCAGCUUCUCACACCACAAACUCUGAUGCGUACCAACCAUCCCACAAUGCUGUGACUCAAGCAGCAGUAUCACCAUUCCCUUCACCAUCCCCGAGCCCAGUACCCUCAUUCCCCCAGAAAGUGCCUGCUCAACAAUCGUUCCAACAAGGUUCUAACAAUUUCUUGGGCCAGAAACCUUCAACUCAAAAGGAGCAAUCUUUGUUCGGUCAAACGAGUUCUGUUGCUUUCGUAGAAAGCCAGAAAGCCCCAAUAAGUUCUCAGAAUGCUCCAUCGGUUCCCGCACAACAAUAUACAGGAGAACUGUAUGAAUAUAACAAGCCGCAGCAAGGUAUCCCAGCUCCUACCCCGAGUUCCACUCCUAGCUCAUUAGGAACGUUCGGUCAGCCAAGCCAGGGGAGUUUCUCGCAAGGAUCAUUAAGCUCGUCCCAGUUUGGCCAGCCCUCUUUAUCUGGUAGUAAGCCAGCAUCAAAGCCCCAAUUUGGCUUUGGUCAAAGCAGCCAAUCAGGUUCAUAUUUUGGCAACAAGCAGCAAGGUUUUCAAUCUCAAUUUAACACACAAAAUGUACAUGGAUCGCAAAGUCAGUUUGGUGCUCAACCAUUAAAACCCUUCGGAUCCCAGUUUGGUAACCAAGGGCUAAAGCCUCAAUUUGGAUCACAGUCGUCACAGGGCAGCUUUUCACAAACUCAGCCUUUAAAGCCUUUUGGUAGUAAUUCGCAAUUUGGCGUCUCAGGAACUAAACCUCAAUUCGGCCAGGGGUCCCAAUCUUUCCAAGGUAGUAGCUUCCAACAGUCUACUCAGCAAUCUUCUCAGGGUAACAAGGCCACAAACAUUUACUUACCACCUAUUAGCAUAACUUCGUCUUUGGGUAUCCUAGGAUCAAAACCUCAAGUUGGUCAAGGAUCUCAAUCUUCACAAAGAAGCGUUCAGCAGUCUACACAGUCCAGUCAGUCUGUGACGCAACAGGCUCAAGAAUCCCAUACACAAUUAGGUUCGGAGCCUAGCAAACCUUUCGGUGUAGCAUCUCAGAUUGGUAGCCAAAACAAGCCUCAAGUCAGCCAAGUGUUCCAAGCUUCACAGGGCUCAUUCCAACAGACCAAUCAACAAACAGUGGGUUCUGCACAAGGACAGGGCUCUCAAUCGCAGUUUGGCAUUCAGUCUUACAAACCAUUCGGAUCCCAAUUCGGUACUCAGGGAACAAAGCCUCAGUCCAUUUCGAUACCACAGAAGUCCCAGGGAAGCUUAUUCCAAUCGCAGACAACUUCUCAGACUAUAGGCACGCAGCAAUCAGGCCAGGGUACUUUGUCUCAGUUUGGAAGUCAGUCAUCAAAACCAUUCGGUUCUUCUCAAUUCGGAGUCCAAAAUUCUAAGCCCCAGUUUGCUCAACCACAAAGUACAUCUCAGGAAGUUCCCUAACCCAGACCCAAGUGUCUCAACAGACAGUUGGUUCCCAGCAACAAUCCGCUUUUGAAGCUCAAAAUCAGUUUGCUUCUCAAUCUAACAAACCUUUUGGCUCACAGUUUGGCUCUCAGGGAGCUAAACCUCAAUUGGGUCAGGUGUCACAAACCCACGGCAGCUCUAUCUCUCAGACUCAAAUAACACAGCAGACUAUCGGGUCUGCGUUCGACAAACAACAACAAACGAAGCCUGAUAAUGUUUACCUUCCCUCAAAGCCUUCGACCGUAACACCCCAAUUCGGAGUUCAGGAAUCUAAGCCCCAAUUUGGACAGGUGCCUUCCUCCCAAGGUAGUACCUUCCAGCAGUCUACUCAGAGCGUCCAACAAACUGUCGGUUCUCUAGGUUUAUCUGGUGGUCAACCAUCCAAGCCUUUCGGUACUACAACCCAAUUUGGUGUCAAGCCUCAAGGCAGUUCGUUCACUCAAACUCAGACAGCUCAAAACUCAGAGAGCACACAACAGCAGUCAGGAC